CUAUAUGCAUGUUGCUGAAACUGAAGCAAGUAGCAUCGCAGAUGAGAAAUUGAUCGCUUCUUGAUUAAAACUGGCACAACAGGCCCUGAAAAACCUGACAAUGAGGGCAAGAAAAGAAAAACAAAAGCUGAAAAGGGACCAUGCGUAUGAUAAAAAACGAAAACGGUCUUUUCAAUCGCAAUGGCUCAAAGAGUUUCCGUGGGUAAAUGCAGACGACACUGACUCCGUUUUUUGCCAAAUUUGCCGUCAGUAUCCACUUAUAGCCGACAAAACAUCCACAUUAUUUACCGGCAAGAAAGUCGACAGAAAAGACACACUACAGUCGCAUCAGCUGUCUGUGAAACACAUUGCCUGUAUGUCAAAGCAUGAGUCUAAAAGUAAGAAAAAAGUUGGUUCAAUUGAAAAAGCGUUUUCUAAAGUUGAACGCUUGGAGGUUGAGCGUUAUGCUAGGCUGUUCAAUGCUGCUUCUUUAGAAGAGUUUGACCCACUACCAGCUGUGGAAUUCUGGCUGUCAUCUAGCAACAGGCACAUCACUCAUAAAAAACCUGAAAAGUCAUCAGCAUCCACUUCUGCAGGACCAUCAAUCCAGGAACCAUGCAGUUCAGCUCAAGCAGAAAUGAACAGCAUUCAGCCCAUGCUGUCUGAGAUGGUAAAGAUUCUUGGGGGAGAAGAUGUUGCAAGACAAAAGCUGAAGAACAAGGCAGAAAAUGAAUCAGGACAGUGUUCUGUUAUGUAACUGUAAUAUGUGAAACAGAACU